UCCUGGGCCUUCAUAUUAUACCUUUUCCCGUUUGCAUCAGCCUCUCCAUGUGUUGUCUCGAUAGCGCUUCACCAUACAAUAUGAGGGUACCACGGGUCUGCCAAAGCUUGCUGUGCAGCUCCAUCAUUAUCAGUUUAUUAACAUGUGCUGUCGCAUCCUCGUUUGAUAUUGGCUCAGUCUCUCGUCAGCUUUCCCGGCUCCGAAGAAGUCUCCCCGGAUCCCUCAUCACUGCGCCUGAGGGAGCAGUUGGAUACUAUCAUCCUCCUCCGGGGCCUGUCAUCGAUCGACCACAAGCACAAGCACAAGCACAAACGCAAUCAAUAGAGACAUUGGGUGUACCGCCAAAGACCACGGCAGAGACUGCGACAACGACUGUCCAAGAGUUUAUGCAUGAAUUGAGACAAGCGCCAGGAGUGUCCGGCAAUACAACUGCUGCCCGACCUAAUCAUAACGUGGCUACGGUGACUGCCACUGCGACGGUCACUGAGCGCGUCAUGGCAGCUAAUGCGAUAGCGAUGGCAGAUAGAGGCCGGUCGUUGAGCACAGCAGGUCUCUUCAUAUCAAUCUUCUUGUCUGCACUGCAUCUAUAACUUGUUACUAUCGUCUGAUGUAAAUAUCUGCCAAUACGGCAUUGUCCAAAUCCCAGCAAUUCAUGUAUACACUAGCUAAAUAUAAUUCAUUAUAUCCGAA